UUAAAAAAAAAAACAUUCAGAGACCAAAAUGCGAAAUGAAAAAAAAAACUAUUUUUUAUAGAAAAAAAAUAUGAUAAUUGAUUUUUAAUUGGGGGAGGGUAUUUAAAGGCUUAAAGACUAUAUCUUUAAGGUAAAAAAUAAAGGUAAGUUCAAUGACCAAAAAAAAGGGUGGUUUUCAUUCUUUACUUUAUUUAAUUUUUUUUUCCCCCUUCUCAUACUAAUUAAAUUUUUUUUUAGCUCUGAAACCCCGGAAAACCAUUCAAUAGUUCCCAUGUUUACCUUUUCUUAUUAAUUAUUUAUUAAUUAGGGGGGGAACUCAUAUCUCUUCCCAACAGGACACAGGACACAGGCCACAGGCCACAGGACAAUUAGAAAGUUUGUUUGGCAAUUAAAUUAGCAAUUAAGAAUUAGAAUUACUUUUAAAUCAUUUAGUGAACUAGAAAUGCAAAAACAAACAAAUAUUUUUUAAGCAAAAUUAUGAACUUGACCUUAAAAGGGGGGGACCAGGUUUCUAGGAUAAAAGGACUAGUGUGCUCUGUCAGGACCUCAAAAGUAGAGCAGCCAUGAAGGCAGUUGGUUGGAAAACACAACCAGGAACCGACCAGGAACCGGAAACGGAAACGGAUGGACCUCCUCCAUUACCCGAAUCCAAGGAAUGUUUUCGAAAUCUUUUCAACUGUUUCUACGCCCUGGGGAUGCAGGCUCCGGAUGGCAGUCUCCCCACCAGGAGCAGCACCUGGAGACGCGUCUACAGAUGCUUCUCGGCCGUGAUGUACGUGUGGCAGCUGAUCCUGGUGCCCACUUUCUUCGUCAUCAGCUAUAGAUACAUCGAGGGCAUGGAGAUGACCCAGAUCCUGACCUCCAUUCAGGUGGCUUUCGAUGCCGUGAUCCUGCCCGCCAAGAUUGUGGCUCUGGCGUGGAAUCUGUCGCUGCUGCGGAAGGCGGAGUACUACCUGGCCCAGUUGGAUGGCCGGUGCAGGGAUGACGAGGAGUUCCAUGUGAUCGACGAGGCGGGAAGGUUCUGCAACCGGCUGGUCUGGUUCUACCAGAUCUGCUAUGCCAUCUACUCCACAUCGACGUUCCUGUGCUCCUUCCUGCUCGGUCAGCCGCCGUAUGCCCUGUACCUGCCGGGCCUCGACUGGAGCCGCUCCAAGCUGCAGUUCAACAUCCAGGCCUGGCUCGAGUUGCUCAUCAUGAACUGGACGUGCCUCCACCAAGCCAGCGACGAUGUCUACGCCGUCAUCUACCUGUACGUGGUGCGGGUUCAAGUCAAACUCCUGGCCAGGAGAGUUCGACAGAUGGGAAGUGGGGAUCCCCCGGACAGCUAUCCGGAUGAACAGCGGCAGGAGGAGCACUGCCAGGAGCUGCAGAAGUGCAUUGUGGACCAUCAGACGGUGCUGAAGCUACUCGGCUGUAUCUCUCCGGUCAUCUCGAGGACCAUCUUCGUCCAGUUCCUGAUCACCGCCGCCAUCAUGGGCACCACCAUGAUAAACAUCUUCAUCUUCGCCAACACCAACACCAAAAUCUCAUCGAUCAUAUAUCUGAUGGCCGUCACCCUCCAGACGGCUCCCUGCUGCUAUCAGGCCACCUCCCUGAUGCUGGACAACGAGCACCUGGCCCUGGCCAUCUGCCAGAGCCGUUGGCUUGGCCAGAGCGCCCGCUUCCGGAAGAUGCUCCUCUUCUACCUCCACCACGCCCAGCAGCCCAUCACGCUCACGGCCAUGAAGCUCUUUCCCAUCAACCUGGCCACCUACUUCAGUCGAAAAAUAGGAUUUAAAACACAAGAAAGUGUUUUCCUGGCUCCAAAAACUAACAGUAACAAGAGAAAUGCAAUUACUUGUUUUUAUUGACUUAAAAUAUAUAAAUAUAAAUAAUAACAAUCAAAAAGCAAAGGAACGAAUCCGAUCGCGUCGAUGUAGAUGAAAAGUGUGGGGCCAAGGAUCCACUGGAAUGGAGCUACUUCCGGGCCUUCCAAUGCUAGUAUUGGGUAACAGUUAACAGUGUU